AUGGUUUCGUUAAUAUUUAAAGAUUUUAAAAAAGAAAAGAUUCCAUUAGAAUUAGAUGCAGAUUCUACUAUAGAAUCUGCCAAGGGUCAAAUUGCUUCUGAAAAAAAUUGUGAUAUUGAUCAAAUCAAAUUGAUCUAUUCAGGUAAGAUACUGAAGAAUGACGCUACUAUUUUAAAUUCUGGUUUAAAGGAUAAUGAUCAUAUAAUCUUUAUGAUAUCUAAAAAGAAGAAGAAAACUGAACCAGCAUCAACAGUUAAAGUAACAGAACCUGCUUCUGUGACUACUAAUGUUGAAACUCAAGCAGAAGGAACUCCAAACUCUGAUCCAUCAGCAAAUGCUACACCGGAAGUUCCUGCUGCUACAACUUCUAAUGCUGCCGCUGGUGACGAUACUGAAACUACUACUUCGGCUGCAGACCCAGGAUUUGUUGUAGGCACUGAAAGAAAUGAAACUAUCCAAAGAAUUAUGGAAAUGGGGUAUCAAAGGGAAGAAGUAGAAGCUGCUCUAAGGGCAGCUUUUAAUAACCCUGAUAGAGCCGUUGAAUAUUUAUUAAUGGGUAUACCAGAACAUUUACAACAUCAACAACCACAACAAUUACAACAAACUACCAUACAAACUGAAGGCGCAACAUCUGCCAAUAUGGAACUUCCAGCUGAAGAUGAUUUAUUUGCACAAGCUGCUAGAGGUAAUCAAGCCAACCAACAAAGUACAGAUGAUACUCCACCAGGAUCUAUUGGGUUAACCAUGGAAGACUUAUUAGCUUUAAGACAAGUCGUUUCUGGUAAUCCAGAAGCUUUACCACCAUUAUUAGAAAAUCUAACCACCAGAUAUCCUCAAUUGCGUGAACAAAUCAUGGCAAACCCUGAAGUUUUCGUAUCAAUGCUUUUAGAAGCAGUAGGUGAUAACUUACAACAUUCACUAGGUAAUGAUUUAGAUGGUAUUUCAGAAUUAGAUCAACAUCCUACAGCUAAUACAAACGGCGAAGUUACAGCUGAACAUGAUUCCGCUAUUGUAACUGAAACAAAUGAAGCUCCUGCUGCCGGCGAACAACCUUCCAAUAAUUAUAAUAUAUCUUUAACUGAACAAGAUGAACAAGCUAUUGGCCGCUUAUGUGAAUUAGGUUUCGAACGUAGUUUAGUGGUUCAAGUUUAUUUUGCGUGUGAUAAAAAUGAAGAAAUUGCAGCAAAUAUGUUAUUCAGUGAUUAUGCUGAUUAA